AUGGCUACGUAUACAGCCACUCUUCCUUUUGAUCGAGGACCUCGUCACCCUAUUAGACCAGUGCACCACUCCUAUGACCCAGUCCAUACAACAUCAGACCCCCCGAAGCACGAUCUCUUCGGCUUUCUUGCGACAGCCGCCCAGGAUGACCCAGCAUUGCACAGGUCUUCUUUCCGCCUUAGCCCAGAAGACCUGGGCGUAUCUUGGCAAACAUUCUUUCCGGCUUGUCGGCAAAGUCGACAAUGGCGGGAGGCAGAAGACGCUGCACAAGAGCUGACGGAUAGGCUCUUUCGCGCCGGGGACUCGUGCAUGAGUGACUUUUGCAAGCAUUGGAGAGACUUGGCAGAAAUUCUUCAGUUGGUGGAAACAGCUGUUGCAUGUACAGUGUACAUGUAUCCGAGAGCUGAUGUGGUCAGAAUCCGACUCUUGGCUCAACUACAUGUUGUAAUGUGGAUCCAUGAUGAUGUGCCAAAUAUCGCUGAUUGUCACCAAGAAGAGCUGCAGCAAGGUCGAAGGUCUCCUCCGACGCCUACACGAACGAGUUGCCGUCAAGGAACAAGUCCCAUAUGUCGCCUAAUAUCCACCGUUCUACAUGAUAUCCUUCAAGCGGACUCUAUGAUUGGAUCUGAUGUCGCAGCGGGGGCUUUAAAGUGGCAUCAAAUGUCCCGAGCCCACUGCUCCAAGGACCAGGAUAAUUGCCGACCCACGGCCCUAUCAGAAUACCUUAAAGCCAGUGUUGAAGAUGCUACUACGGACGUUAAUCUUGCCAUGAUCCGCUUCGCAGGAUCAAUCCACCUCACCUCUCAGCAAGGCCAGGAUCCCAUACUGAAGUGUAUAGUGGAUCUCUGGGCAAAACACCUAGUCAUCGUCAAAGAUCUUUUUUCGUAUGAGAAAGACUGUCUCGAGCACAAGGUUAACGACUCCGCAGUCGUCAAUGCCAUACAGGUCCUACAGAGCGAGCUCAAUAUAUCUCUUAGAGCGGCGAAAGAGGUUGCACGUAACAUCCAGCUGGACACGGAACGAGAGAUGCACGGUCUUUACCAGGAGAUCUUGGGUCGGACAGGCACGGAUAGCCCGGAGGCCCGUUACGUCCGGGCGCUUCUCGAAAGUCUGGCUGGAAAUGUGUUUUAUUCCUCCACCGCAGAGAGAAAUGCGAUGCCUUUGCUAGGUAAGUCUGCCGAGGAGAAUGAGCCUUGA